CAAUAUAUUGAUUUUUUCCAGAAUGUAGACUCGCGUUUUGUCGUCUCACCAUCGCACGUUUCACCAGCAGAAACGCGUUCAACGGCGAGUCCAAAUGGUUGUUACGAUUGUGCUGUGUACAAGACGAAACUUACCAUGGCCGAUAAUAAAUGUCGAUAUUUGGAAAGUCGUGGGAACACGUUGCAGACCGAAGCUGUGCGCGCACAAGCACAAAUCUCGUCCGCAGAGGCGGCUCUACGUGCGCUAGAGGCGGAGACUCGUGCUUUACGAGAACAAACUGAGAUGCUACAUAGACGACUGCUUGACUGCCAGGAACAAGCCGUACGAUUUAUGCAAUGUGACCGUGUGUCAAAUCCUCAAGCUGUGGCACUUUUCAUGAAUCAUCUUAUACAGUCGACGAUAAUUCGUUAA